AUGGAAGGCAAAGCAAAGGCCCACGCCAUCUGCGCCCGGGUCCUGGAGAACGCUGCUCAUCGUGGAUUUAGGCUGAAAUGCUCCAGCUUGGCCGAUCCUGACCGGUGGAAAACGGAGCCAUGGAGGACGCCGCCGCGCAGGCCCAGCUCGCUGCAGUGGAGCUUGGAGAGAUUCUCAGGGGCUCCAGUGCAUCAGAAGGUGAGUAAAUUGGUGCAAUUCCAGCUGAUCAAGGAUUAGACGAAAAUCCCCCUCAGAUGGGCCGAUAUUCUGAAGAAUGGCAUCAAGGACUACAACGAGGUCUACUCCGAGAUCGUUAACCGAGCCAGCAGGACCCUCCAGCGGGUGUUUGGGUUGCAACAGGUGGAGACAGACACCAAGCAUCCCAUCUACAUCCUGGUCAGCAACCUGCCGCACCUGGAUGGGGAGAACCUGAAACAGGACGAUUGCACGGCCAAGCUGGACCCCCUCACCCUCUUCCUCAGCUCCACCUACAUGAAGGGCAACACAGCUAAGGACUGGAGCCCCGCCCCUUCCCUGAGAUGGUCGCUGAUCCCCCUGCCCCGACUCCUCGGGUACCUGGAGUACAGCCGCACGCCCAACACGGACCGGGCCGAGGUUGAGUUCCAGUGGAGGGCGCAGGCCGCCAAGGAGACCUCCAAGAUGCAGAUCCUGCACUUUGUCGCCAAGAUCCAGAGCAAGGAUUCCAAAGCCUGGACCAGGCGGCAGCUGCAGUGCCCCUGGUAG